AUUUAUAAAAAUCGCCAAACAUCCUGUUUUUAAUAAGAAAAUAAUUAUUUUAAAGAUGCCUCGAAAAUAUUUGCGAACAUCUACAAAGGCUUCCUGGUCAUCUGAGAAUAUGAACGCGGCACUAAAAGCUAUUAGUGACGGGGCGAGUGUACGUCAAGUUAGCAUCAGAUUUGGGAUACCGAGAUCUACUCUUCAGGAUCGGAUGAAAAAAGGGGAUAACUCGCGCGCGGUGUUAGGUCGAAAAUCAGUAUUUUCAGUUAAUGCAGAAAAAGAACUUGUAACCGAAAUAAUUAGACUCUCUAAAAUAUUUUAUGGACUAACAUCUCAAGAAAUAAGACAAUGUGCAUUCAACUACGCCGAAAAAAACAACAUAAACCAUCCUUUCAUUAGAGAUAAAAAGGCUGCCGGAAGAGACUGGAUGGAGCGAUUUCUAAAUAGAAAUCCUGAAAUUUCUGUUAGGAAACCUCAGCCCACCAGUCUUAACAGACUCACCUCUUUUAAUCGGGAAGAAAUUACAUUAUUUUUUUCCAAACUGCAAAGUGUAAUGGAAAAGCAUAAAUUCACACCAACACGCAUAUUUAAUGCCGAUGAGACCGGUAUUAGUAAUGUCCAAGUAUCAGCAAAAAUAUUAGCACAAAAAGGACAAAAAAGGGUUGGAUUUACUACAAGUGGAGAAAGAGGUAGAACCACAACUGUCAUGUGCUCCUUCAGUGCCUCAGGAAUUUAUGUUCCCCCGUUGUUUAUAUUUGCUCGUCAAAGGAUGGAUGCACAAUUAAAGAGGAAUGGACCACCCGGAGCUGCAUAUGCUUGUUCUUCCAAUGGUUGGAUAAAUGAAACUUUAUUUAUAGACUGGCUUCAUCAUUUUGCACGGUUCGUGAAAUCGACAACAGAUGAUCCAGUAUUGUUAGUAAUUGACAAUCACGUUAGCCACUGUACUCUGAAAGCAUACAAUUUUUGUCGUGAAAAUGGGAUUGUGAUACUUACCAUACCACCACACAGUUCACACCGCACCCAACCGCUGGAUGUGACAUUCUAUAAACCGCUAAAAACAGCGUACAAUGCUGAAUGUGACAAGUUUCUAAAAAGUCGCCCUGGAGAAAGAAUUACUACUUACGAGCUUGCAGAAAUAUUUAACAAAUCUUUUAGCAGAAUAGCCACACCUGACAAAGCAAUUAAAGGAUUCGAAGUUACGGGCAUAUUUCCGAUGAAUCCUGAUGUUUUCUCCGAUGACGAUUUCAUGGCCGCAGAAAAUAUAAAAGCUAUACAGCAAGCUCAGCAACAAGAAGUACCGAAUGAAACCCAGAACCAUGAAGCAACCCGUGAUCAAAAUGCAGCACUUAAUGCAAACCAGAACGAUGAAGAGACUCUUGAUCAAAAUAGUUGCGAUGGAAAUGGUUCUAGAAAACGGAAAGAAGAUCAAGAUGAAGCAAGCGAAGUUUCAUUUAGACAAAUUUUGAAUUUACCUUCGUGCAGUAAUACUUUGCCAAAAAAGAUGAAGACCAGUAGGAAAAAGCAACAUGCAGAGAUAUUUACAUCCACUCCUAACAAAGACCAAUUAGAAGAAAAGGAAAAUAAAAAACUGGAAAAGCAAAAAAACUUGGAAACAAGAAAUGAAAAACCAAAAUUUAGACGUGUUUUAGCGGUAGAUGGUCUUAGAUCAAAUAUUAGAAUAUCUAACCAAAGCAAAAUGACAAAAGUCGUUCCUACACCUCGGGUUAAAGUUAACAGAACGUGCAAAGUAAAAAUAUCGCAACCGAACCAAGAAAGUUCCGAAGAAUUCGAUUCUGAUGAGGAAAAUGACCAAGAAAUCAAUGAAGAUGUCUGCCCCGUAUGUGGAGAGUUUGGGAAAAAUGAAAUAUGGGUCAGAUGUGUAGUAUGUGGGCAAUGGGCCCACAAAGAAUGCAUCAAUCAAGAAAGGAAGGACUACAUUUGCGAUUAUUGCCUAUAGUGGUAGUAAUACCGGCAGGUGUCCGUUAUUGCCCCCUUAGUGGGUGUAAUUCCGGCCACUGUUAAGUUUCAUAUUAUUUAUAAUAGAAUUUUUGUUUUAUGUUUUCUUAUUAAACAUAAAUAUACGUGUUUCGUAGUGA